UGACGGCACUGAAUUUGCGCAACUCCCAUGCCCAUCUGACAUUCCAUUGUUUCCCGUUUUCUACUGUUUUCUGUAUUAACACAAUCGGUUUAACUUUAGGUUACAUUAUUUAUAAAUAGUUUAGUUUAUUUAUAAAGAACGAUAAAUCAACGUUAUAUUUACGCUAUAUUUAUAAAUUAGUAAAACAAAUCAGCAACGUGAACAUUUUUCAAUAAGUGAUUGACUCAAAUUGUGAGGUUAAUAAGAAAACAUCGUAAAUUGCAGCAAUGUCAGGUUUUUCUAACGAUCAGAAUUCUACUGCACAGAAAACAUGGGAAAUGGCUAAUAAUGUUGAAACAAUCAGCACUAUUGAUGAGAUUUAUAGAUAUGAUAGAAAAGAACAACAAGACAUUCUUGCUGCUAAACCAUGGGAAAAAGAUCCACAUUUUUUCAAAGAUAUCAAAAUCUCUGCACUAGCUCUAUUAAAAAUGGUUAUGCAUGCCCGAUCUGGUGGAUCACUCGAGGUCAUGGGACUUCUUCUUGGCAAAGUAACUGCAAAUACAAUGAUUGUGAUGGAUUCUUUUGCUCUACCUGUGGAAGGAACAGAAACUAGAGUUAAUGCACAAGCUCAGGCAUAUGAAUACAUGACAGCAUACAUUGAUGCUGCUAAACAAGUUGGUCGUCAAGAAAAUGCUAUUGGUUGGUAUCACAGCCAUCCUGGUUAUGGAUGUUGGCUCUCAGGUAUCGAUGUAUCCACACAAAUGUUGAAUCAAAACUUCCAAGAACCAUUUGUGGCUAUUGUUAUUGAUCCUGUAAGAACAAUAUCAGCUGGAAAAGUUUGUUUAGGUGCUUUUAGAACAUAUCCAAAGGGAUAUAAACCAGCAAAUGAAGAGCCAUCAGAAUAUCAAACAAUACCAUUGAACAAAAUUGAAGACUUUGGUGUACAUUGCAAACAGUACUAUUCACUGGAAGUAACAUAUUUCAAGUCAUCAUUAGAUAGAAGGUUAUUGGAUUCCUUAUGGAACAAGUACUGGGUCAAUACAUUGAGCUCAUCCAGCUUGUUAACUAAUACUGACUACACAACAGGACAGAUCUUUGACUUAUCUGAUAAACUGGAACAAUCUGAACAAGCCUUAGGACGUGGUUUUGUUUUCGGAGGAGCAGAACCCCACGAUACUAGGACUGUGGAUAAAUUAGUCAAAGCUACUAGAGAUAGCAGCAAAACCACGAUUGAAGUGAUUCAUGGAUUAAUGGCUCAAAUUAUAAAAGACAGACUUUUCAAUCAAGUUGGAGAAAGGAGUAUGGAGCACUAAGCUUUUGUA